AUGCAGACUUCCAAACCCCCACCUACACCAAGGGCAACUCCAGCUCCCAAGACCACUCCGAAGCGGAAAGGAGACGUCAUUGACCUCGAAGAGUACGAAGCAAGGCCCGAAAAGAAGCCUUUCGUAGCGGUCGUCAGAACUCCGGCUCAGAAGGAAGAAGACGCAUUGUAUCACAUCUCGGUCACUGUGAACCCCAAACUACACAAGUUCCCCAGCGCGCUGCGGGAGAAACUCCAGAAGGCUUAUCAAGCUGCAUGUUAUGCACAGAUGUUCGCUCUCCAAGCCGGCAUUAUACCCACAUAUCGCGACACCUACAGUAUCAUAGAAGGCGAGCGCAUUCGCUCCGAGUCCUUCAUCUUCAAAACCACGGAACUGGCGUCUAACAUCCUCGACCUCAGCAUGGCCAAUAUCAAACUGUUAGAGAUCUUUGCCAAUCGCAAGGGCUGGCCGUUGGAGAAGAGAACCUUCGUGGAGCUUAAGACUCAAAGCGACCUAGAGAAUCCCGAAUUUGUCGAACUUCAUUCCGUAAGGCAUGGGGAGCUGGGUUGGGGGUUUGAUGCAGCAGGCUGUGUAUCACUAUACGCCACUGGCAUUGUUGGGAGCAAGUUGAAGGAAAGGGUUUGGUAUGUCGGCGGUUGCAAAGUCAAGGUUGAGGAGCCUUGA